CUCGUCCAUCCACUAAGUUUGGCUUUUGCGAGCAGCCGUCGCUCGCAAGCCCGGAAGUAACCGGGAACUGGCAACUUUGUCUCUACCACUCCAAGAGGUGGCUCGCCUGCGGUUUUUUUUCGCUGUUUGCGAACCCAGAUCUGAAGAGAUUUCCUGGAUGUGGAGUGUGGCUUUCCAAAACCACCUUUUCCUUGUGCUGUAUUUCUUGCAACAAUGUUUAGGAGAUUGACUUUUCCGCACCUGCUUUUUACCACUAUCCUUGGAAUUGCUGGAGGAAUAUAUAUUUUUCAACCAGUAUUUGAACAGUAUGCCAAAGAUCAGAAGGAAUUAAAGGGGCAGUCGGUGCAAGAAUCAGAAGAGAAGAAAAGUUAGUACUACAUGGAGUUAGGCCAGGCGUGGUGGCUCACUCCUGUAAUCCCAGCACUUUGGGAGGCCGAGGCGGGUGGAUCACGAGGUCGGGAGUUUGAGACCUGCCUGAAACCCUGUCUCUACUAAAAAUACGAAAAUCAGCCGGGCUCGGUGGUGUGCACCUGUAAUCCGAGCUGCUCAGGCGGCUGAGGUAGGAGAGUCACUCGAACCUGGGAGAUGGAGGUGGCACUGAGUUGAGAUCACGCUGCUGCACUCCAGCCUGGGCGACCGAGCGAGACUCCAUCUCAACAAAAGAAAACAAAUACUUCAUGAAGUUGAACCGUAAUAAUUGCUUAAAGUUCCAUUGUAAUUAUUUUAACUUUAAUCUAACAAAAACAUAGAUAUAUUUAAAAAUAAAUCAUGGAUAAUGAUUUUUUAACCUAA